AACAUGGUUCUUUGAACAGGUAACACUCAUAAUAUGCAGCAUGGAGGUGGUGGAAAGAUUGUGCUUUUUUAAACCUAUUUAGUUCUACUUAAAAAGUAAGUCACCUGGUUGUCUUAAAAUUUUGAGUAAAAUCAUCUUAAAGAUAUUAGUUAACUCAAAAAUAAAAAAUUGUGUCAACUAAUAUUUUUAAGUUGAAUUAACUAAAAAAAUGUAAGGCAACCAGGUUUGUUUAGUUGAACCAACAUAUCUUCUUUAUUUAAGGGAUGAAACCAAAAAUAAAGAUUAAAUAAACUAAAAUGAAUUUAAGGAGAAAAAUCAACAAUGCAUAUAUUUAAAAUUUGUGCUGCUUGGUAAAUGGCCGUUGUGUAGGCUAAUGUUUAAGUGACGUAUAAAAAAUAUUGAUAAUGGGCCUAUAAUACAGAAUAACAAUAAAAAGUAAGAUCAAAACAUGGUAAUUUUUUGGUUCUUUUCCUCCUGUAAAGUUGGUGAAAUGGCCCUUCGGUUCUCGCCCCUCAAGACAAAAGACUUGUUUUAAUUCUUUCGGCACCGCAAGAACCGACAACCGGAUGACGUCAAAGUUCCGCGAGAGAGAUUUAAAAGCAAACUCCUCCGUAUGUUUUCGCGAAUCGCUCUCGCGGUACUUUGACGUCAUCUGGCUGUCGAUUCUUGCGGCACUAAACAAGCCUAAACUGGGCAGUCUUAAUUAACCACGCCCAUCGACGGUGAUGAGAUUAGUAAUCAUAAUAUUUACUUCACUUAAAACUGGCCAACUCAUCAAAAUGACUGGAGAUCUCUGGAGUAACAAACUGGAAAUGUUCAAAAGAAGAAUACAUUUAAGGCAAUGAUUUCUGUCUGUUUCCAUUUGUAAUAGUUUAUAACGUUUAUUAGUCAACUAAAUUGAAAAAUUGUCGUUUAAAAUAAAUUUAAAAUGGCAUAGAUACAAUGCGUUUUUGGUGACCAGGUCUCUCCUAACCUGUACAACUUCGCGCCUUGUGAGUGGUGAUCUUAAAGAACUAUGAACUCCACCUAUAUUACUGAGGACACUUUUCUGGUAAACAUCACUUGCGAUUCUGCAUGUGACCCCAGCAUCCUAAAAAAGCUGCCGCGCUUUAGCACAGCGGCUCGGGUCCGAGUCACCGUCACCUUCAUUCUGUGCGCACUGUCUGCCUGCUGCAACCUCGCCGUGAUGUAUUCAGCAAGCCACAACCACAGAAAACAAUCUCACGUCCGACUGAUCAUCACUAACCUGGCGGUGGCCGAUUUAUUGGUGACGUUUGUGGUCAUGCCGCUGGAUGCUGCGUGGAAUAUAACGGUGCAAUGGCUCGCAGGAGAUCUCGCGUGUAGGACACUGAUGUUUCUCAAGCUCGUGGCCAUGUACUCGUGCGCUUUUAUGACCGUGGUGAUAAGUUUGGAUCGACAGGCUGCCAUCCUGAACCCUCUGUCUAUUAACCGAGCCAGGAGGAGGAAUAAAGUUCUGCUGAGUGUAGCAUGGACCAUGAGUAUCGUGUUAUCCAUACCACAGGUGUUUGUUUUCCACGUUGUGGUGAUUGAUUUUCCGGAGCAGUUUAUCCAGUGUACGACCCAUGGCAGCUUUAGCUCACACUGGCAGGAGACACUUUACAACAUGCUUACUUUCACCUUCCUCUUCCUCAUACCCCUCCUUAUCAUGAUCUCUUGCUACACCAGGAUACUGUUUGAGAUCUCCAAGAAAAUGAAAGACAACUUGCUAUCCAAUAGAGUCCAGCUGCGCAGGUCAAAGAACAACAUCCCUAAGGCACGUAUGCGUACACUGAAGAUGAGUGUGGUCAUUGUCCUGUCAUUCAUGGUGUGCUGGACACCAUACUACUUGCUUGGUCUAUGGUACUGGUUCUAUCCUGCGGGUUUGGAGGAAACCGUGUCUCACUCCCUCUCACACAUGCUCUUUGUCUUUGGCCUGUUAAAUGCUUGUUUGGACCCCAUCAUCUAUGGUCUUUUCACCAUUCCACUGUGCAGGGGCAUGAGGCAGCGGCGGCAUGACAGUAACAUGGUAACAUUUGAGCUGGAGAACACUAAUAACUCUAUGAUGACUUCCCUCAGAUGCUCCGCCUCCUCUAUCACCUUAAAAAGACUGACAGUUCAGCACACUUCUAAAGAAAAGCUUGAAUUAGACGGAGAGCAUGUAGAUUGA